AGAAAAGAAAGGAUUCAAUCGUUUUACAAGUAUCAUCAUCGUCAUGUCACUUGCUCAGUGGAGACAAUUCAACUUUUUCGACAAGCAACAAAUCACAGAUGCUGUAGACAAAACAAAGUCUCCUCAACUAUUUCAAUCUCCAGAUAUCACAGUAUUUGCUGCUGGUAGAGGCCAUGUCGCCUAUGCAGAUUCCUCAGGCUCAGUCUUCAUUACCGAUCGUCAUUUCAAAGCACAAUCUUUUAUGGCCUAUGAAGGAGGUCGUGUUACUCACAUUAAGCAACUCAAGCAAAAGAAUGUUUUGGUUACUAUAGGCGAUGAAGAUAUGGUCACGAAUACUCCUGUAAUCAAGUUUUGGGACCUUGAUAUUCUGGAUAGAUCCAAGGCAGAAGUUGUCACACCGACGUGUCUUCGGUCAAUUAAGAUUCAACAUGGAGGAAAACCCUACCCGGUAUCGACAUUUGCUGUAUUAGAAAACAUGUCUCAAGUAGCAGUGGGUCUUGCAAAUGGUGUUGUUAUCCUGAUCCGAGGUGAUCUUUCCAAGGAUCGGACCACAAAGCAGAAAGUAAUUUAUGAAGGCCAAGAACCCAUCACAGGUCUUGGGUUUCGUGAACAGACAAAAUCAACCUUACUGUUUAUCGUAACUACCAACAGCAUAAUGUCCUACAAUACUACAGCCAAAGUGCCUACAGUUACAACAUUGGAUGAGCAAGGCUGUGGAUUAGGAUGUGCUGUUAUGAGUGAUGCUCAAGAAAUGGUUGUUGGUCGUGAUGAGGCAAUUUACCUCUACGACCCAACAGGAAGAGGCCCUUGCUUUGCUUACGACACUCCAAAAUCAUCACUCAAUUGGUUCAAAUCAAACUACCUUGUCAUUGUCUCUCCCCCCGUAACAACCUCUACUCAUCUCUCCAGCGCCACCCGGGCAUCAUUUAACUUCAAAGCAAAUUCGGGAGGAACGACCGAACUCACUAAGGUCACCAUCUUUGACACAGCAAACAAGUUUGUAGCAUAUGUGGGAACCUUUAUUGGUGGUGUCAGAGGCGUAUUUUGUGAAUGGAAUGCGGUCUGGAUUGUCGGAAUGGAUGGCAAGAUUUAUCAGCUCGAUGAAAAAGACACACCAACAAAGCUGGAAAUAUUGUUCAAAUUGAAUCUUUAUGUCCUGGCCAUCAACCUGGCCCACAUGCAAAAAUAUGAUGAUGCAAGUGUCUCUGAAAUCUUUAAGAAGUAUGGUGAUCAUCUUUACGCCAAAGGUGAUUACGACGGGGCAAUGGAACAGUACACCCGCACAAUCGGUCAGUUGGAACCAUCCUAUGUUAUCCGCAAGUUUUUGGAUGCACAGAGAAUAUACAACUUGACAAGUUACUUGCAAGAACUUCAUUCGCAAGGUCUUGCCAAUGCAGACCACACCACUCUCUUGUUGAAUUGUUACACCAAACUCAAGGAUGUUUCACGUCUGGAUCAAUUUAUCAAGACCGAUGCUGAACUCAACUUUGAUCUCGAAACUGCCAUUCAUGUGUGCCGUCAAGCUGGAUAUUACGAGCAUGCUGUGUAUCUGGCAGAGAAGUUCCAAGAGCACGAUAUGUAUCUUGAUAUUGUCAUUGAAGACAUGCAUAAUUAUGAAGACGCUCUCCACUACAUCCGUAAACUCGGUCCUUAUGAGGCAGACAAGAACCUUCAAAAAUACAGCAAAACAUUAUUGGGCCAUCUCCCUGAACUUACUACCCAACUUCUCACCGAUCUCUGCACCGGUGCCCUGCCAUUACCACCACCUGCCACUCUUGUCCACCCAAGCAACCAACUUGAAUCACCUACACCAUCUAUCAACAACACCAAUGCACUCUCCAAUCUGCCUUUCUCCACAUUAUCUUCACCAACCAUUUCUGACCCUCACCAAAAUGCAUUUUUGGCUCCACCUGGCGUACAUCACAAGAGAACCAAGAGCGGUUCAUUGUGCUACAUCCUGCCUUCACCUUGCACAUUUAUGCCAGCGUUUGUGGACCGCCCAGAUUGCCUGGUUAUGUUUUUAGAGCGUGUGUUUGAGACCCGCUGGGGUCGCCUUCCGGAUCGCAACCAGACUCGUGAUGAAAAGCUAACUUUAUCGGUCCAAGAACAAGAGGAACGCAAAUCAAUCUGGCACACUUUGUUGGAACUGUAUCUGAUGGAUAACAAAGUUUUACAGCCUUUAGGGGAUAAUAAGCCUAUCUCGAGUCGCGAGGAAAAAAAACGUGCCAAAGAGUUCAAAACAAAGGCACUUGGAUUACUUAAAGAUGAGACGGUGCAAUACGACACCAACCAAGCGCUUGUGCUAUGUCAACUCAAACAGUUUGAUGAAGGCAUUGUCUAUCUCUACGAAAAGACGGGAAUGUACACCGACAUUCUCAACUUUUGGAUGGAGCGUGAAGAAACUGACCGGGUUAUUGAGGGUGUUCGCAAAUACGGCCCUAAGGAUCCUUCGUUGUACCCAAUGGUCCUCACGUACUUUUCGUCCACGCCCGAGGUGCUUUCGAAAUCGACACCCGAGCUGUUAUCUGUCCUGAACCACAUUGACACUCAGGACCUCUUGCCACCCAUUCAGGUUGUCCAGGCACUCUCUCGUAGUAACGUGGCCACAAUUGGGUUGCUCAAGGGAUACAUUGGAAAGAAGAUUGAACAAGAAAGUAGAGAACUAAAACAGAAUGAUGAAUUGAUUGCAAGUUAUCGUCAAGAGACCGAGAAGCGUCGCCAAGAAAUCGAGGAACUUCAGACGAGUGCACGUAUCUUCCAAGUACAAAAGUGUACUAGCUGUGACGGUAUGCUAGAUCUUCCAGCUGUUCAUUUUCUUUGCCGACACUCUUAUCAUCAACGUUGUCUGGGUGAUAAUGAUCGCGAAUGUCCUCAGUGUGCUAUUCAACAUCGUAUGAUCUCCGAGAUUAGACGUACUCAGGAAGCUAAUGCGGAUCGUCAUGAUCUCUUCUUUGAUCAGCUUGACGGCGAAGAAGAUGGAUUUUCUCUUGUGGCAGACUAUUUUUCAAAGAAUACCAUGGCAUUUGCUAAACUUAUCGACUAGUAUAUAUAUAUAUAUUAAUCAUAUCAAAAAAGAAGAAGAAGAUAAUACCCUAAACACGCACAAUAUAUAAAUAUAUAUAAAAUAAAAUAAAAUAAAAUAAAAAAUAAAAUUAAUUUAUUUAUGUAUUAAUU